AUGAGUGUCACAUCUUUUUAACGUUUGACUGUUGAGUUAAUAGCUACCUGCUGAUACUGUGCCCAACAUCUGAACAAUGAAGUGCCUGAACCGGGUGUUCCUUUGCUGCCUGAUACAGAUUAUUCUGGUACAAGCAAGAAAGCCUCCAAACUUCCUGAAGAGUCAUAUUAUUGGAGGACAGAAAGCUAUCCCUCACAGCAAGCCCUACAUGGCUCAUCUGACUAUAGAAGUUCUGAUAUAUACAUUUAUUUGUGGUGGGUUUUUGGUUGGACCAGACUGGGUGAUGUCAGCAGCCCACUGUGAAUUUGAAAAUGGGACCAUAACUGUUCUGUUAGGUGCUCAUAAUUCAGAAAAACAUGAGGCAUCUCAUCAACGCUUCAAUGUAAAACGAAUUUAUACCCACCCAAAGUAUGAAAUGACAGACAAAGCUGCUUACAAUGACAUUAUGCUUCUGAAGCUGGACAGAAAGGCAAAUCUGAACCACAAUGUGCAGAUGAUUAGACUUCCAUUGCCCUCUUCAGAAUUAGAGUCAGGGGAAGAGUGCAACGUUGCUGGCUGGGGUUUAAUUGAUGAUGGUUCCUUACCGGAUACAAUGUAUGAGGUUAAUGUCACGAUUGUGAAAAAUGAAGAUUGCGCAAGGUUUUUUGAUGAAGGGACAAUAACAGACACUAUGAUAUGUGCUGGACGUUUUGUUGAUCAAAAGGAUUCUGCCAAGGGUGACUCUGGUGGACCACUGGUCUGUAAUGGUAUAGCAGAAGGAAUUGUGUCUUUCGGCUUAAAGUGCCCACCUGGAAUUUAUACACGUAUUUCAUCAUUCUACUCGUGGAUUAGUGACAUCAUGGGAGAAGCCAGCCAAUGAAACCUGUUUUCUUCAGUUGAAUGGCAGCCAAUCUGAAAAAGCUUAUCACUGGUGCUGUAACAUGUGAUUUCCUUGCAAGGCAUUUUGCUUUCUGCUUUUGAUAGUACCAACAGUAGUAAUAUCAGCAAUGCUAGUAGUAGUUACAAUAGUACUAGCUGCAGCAUUAUUAAUCGUAUUAUUUCCUUGAGAGAAAAUAAUAAAACUGAAUUUCUUUCACAGUAGUGGGAUCAGUAAUAUUAGCAGUAGCAGCAGUAUCAGUACUAAAGCUAAUACCAGCAGUAACAGUAAUAAUACUUACAGCUGGAGACGUUUGUGACAAUGGUACUGAAGGUGCUGUACAGAUAUUUGGGUUUUAGGUGUAAUUGGUGAGUCUCCUUAAAACUCAAGGAAGUUCCUCCAACUGUGAAAAAGUGCUAAACUUUCAAAGGCCUCAAAUAAUUAGCUAUAACCAAGCAAUAAUCUAAAUAAAGAAAAUGCAGUUUUGUGUGUGUUUACGUCUAUUAUCUGUGGCAGCUUGUGUCUAAAUUAUUCCUCUGGAUUCAACAAAGAAAAGAUAGUGAGUAAGGGGACAAUAGUUCCAAGGAUCCUCAGAGUCUGUCCUUAACAGUCUACUAAUUAACACCUUGAGUCGUGGUUUGCAUGAGAUAUAUAUUAGGAGUAGCACUGCCUGGGAUUUUGUUUCAUGCAUCACACAGCACAUUAUAUGUACUUGUAAAUGACAUUAAAACAACACUUUACAAGCCGUAGAAUGAGCUGUGUGUUGUCUGGCUGUGAUACAUAAAUAUUAGUAUUUGUUAGCUGGGCUGGACUUAGGUGAAAUGGAACCCUUGGCAACAGGAUCAAUGACUCUCUCAACACUGUACUUCUCUUCCUGCAUCUCUGAGUGCUCACAAGGUGGGAGAACCCCACCGUGGCCCCUCCAUACUAUACAGGUUACUUUUUUCUCCCUAUUUCAUGUUUUUUCUUAAUCUUCAGCUUUUUCCUACAUCCUUUCAACAAAUUAUCACUGGCCAAGACUGCAUUGUGGAGGAAAUAAUUGGUUUAAGCCACUGAUCUCUC